GGUAGGUCUCUUAAGGAUGUUAUAGGGUCAAUACCUUCUUUCUUUCUAUCAGGGGUCGUCGACUUAGAUAGAGGUUAGUCCCCUUAAUUAUUCAUACUUUUGUCCUUUUUUUAAGAUCUUGUAAUGUUCUUGUUUAAAUUCAUAAUACAUACACACGAUCGUGUAUAAUGCAUGAACUAAAAUCAAGCUAGGGAACUAGAGGGGGCAAAACACAUAUCUCUCUGGUAUUGCAUUGCAUGUGACCUUUUGAAUUUCAUAAUAAAAAGAAGAUGGUUGUUAUGAUUAGCAUUCCAUAGUCAUACUAGAUGUAUUUUUUUCACCAAAAAUGGAAGCAAUUAUUGAUGACCUUUUGCAAAAUCAAUCGAUUACUACCCCUUAAUUACCCUGAUCUAUUAAAUAAAGUUGAAUGAUUAAAGGAUUAGGAGGAAUCCGUUAGAGAAAAUGACCCGUAAAUAAGUAUCUUUUGGACAAAUAAAAAGCUCUAAUUUCACUACACACAGUUGUCAUCGACUGAAAAAUAAAAUGAACGGCUGAGAGAGGAGAAGACACAACUUUUCGCGGAAACACGGAGCCGCUCGCACCCAUCAUCUUGGAAUAUUUUACCACACACACACUCUCUCUCUCUAAGGUCACUUCACAAACGUUACCAACCAAUAAAAAGACUAUUAUUAAAAAAAUGUGUAAAAAUCCGUUUCUAAUUUAUUGUGGAAUAAAAAUUGCAGUAAUCAAUUAAUAUAAUUGUUUUAAUUGGUGUAUGAUUCUUCUACGGCGGCGAGCCUCACGCACCAAUACGCUUCCUUUUUCUCUAUGUCUCUUCAUUAUUUUAUUAUUCCUAUAUUUUUUUAAAAAAAACUCAAAAAUAUUCCAAUUUGGAUUUUAAUAUAUACUAAUAAUGUGUGUGUAUAUAUAUAUAUAUAUAUAUGUGGUCUUGUCUAUCUUCAUAAAACAUUUUAAUCUCUCUUCUCUUUUUUUUGUCUGUGCAAAGAUAUCACUUUCUUCUUCUUCUUCUCCCAGACAUCAGCAAGAUUCAGGAGAUUAAAACCUUAAAUUAAAACAAUACAAACUCCAAAUUCACCGGAGGAAAUAACUUAAAACUUGAAUCUGAAAAGAUGAGCUGCAAUGGUUGCCGUGUUCUCCGGAAAGGUUGCAGCGAGAAUUGUAUCCUCCGGCCAUGUAUUCAAUGGAUUGAAACCGCCGAUGCUCAAGGCCACGCCACCGUCUUCGUCGCUAAAUUCUUCGGCCGUGCUGGUCUCAUGUCCUUUAUCUCCGCUGUUCCGGAUUCUCAACGUCCUGCUUUGUUUCAGUCGUUGCUCUACGAAGCUUGUGGAAGAACUGUCAAUCCAGUUAACGGAGCAAUCGGAAUGUUAUGGACUGGAAACUGGAAUAUCUGUCAAGCGGCUGUUGAAACAGUGCUUCGCGGCGGUUCUUUAAGACCGAUCCCGGAGCUUCUCACUCACGGCGGCGGUUUCGCUGGCUUUCCUUCGCCUACAUCUGAAGAAGCAUCUGAGAUCUGCACCGAAAUGUUGAAUCUCCAGCAAAAUGAUUCCACCGAUCGUAACAUCUAUCAUCAUUCACGAUUCUCAAGCUCUAGAUCUAGAUCUACUAUGGAUUCUUCUUCUCCGACGAAACGUAAGAGAUUAUCAUCGGAAGACCAACCAUCUUCGGAGCUUGAUCUAUCUCUCAUCCCUAAUUUUCCCAUUAAGCAAGCAACACCUUCUUCUACACGGCGGCGAUCAGUAACACCGUCGAUGAACUCAGAGGACUCCGGGACGACGACGACUACGACGGCGUUUUGUGACAAGGGUGAUGUGUACGGUAACGGAGGAGGAGAAACGACCAAGUUGCUUAACCUUUUUGUUUAAUGCAAAACGGCGGCGGUUUUCUCAGAGUUAGUCUAGGGUUUUAAAUGUAAUUUUACACAUUUUCUUCCUUUUUCCUGGAUAAAUAUUGGACCGGCGAAUUAACAACUACGUCGUUUUGUUCUCUCGGUUUUGAGUCCCCCCCCCCCCCACCAUUAACCAAUUGUAAAACUUUAUUGAGUGAAAAAUAUUAUGUCUAGUUUUUCUGCAUAAUCCAGUAACAAUGUGAACUAAUUCCUUUAGGUUGUUUGGAUUUGUAUUGAAUAAACUCAAAAUAGUUACGCAUCCAAGAAACACCGAUCGAUUCUUCACGUCCAGUAUAUGUAACUGGCUGACAUGUGUUGAUGGAUAUGCAAAUCCCGUGUUGGAUGCUCGACCUUAAGAAACUUCAAUAAAAAAAUGAAAGAAGAUUUGUCAUCGAUAAAUACUAUACUAACAAUUUUCUAAAAAAUUCCAACCAGUAUAUUGGACGACUCCUACCACAUAGAAUAAACUAGAAGUAGGGAAAAAGAUCGAAACUGUUGAAAUAGUUGGACCGUACAUAAACAAUAUAUUUUGGAUAUGUGCAUAAUAAUAAUAAUAAUAAAAACAAUAAAGUGGAUAUAGAAUAUCUAAGCAUGUGGUUGGACCAAAUGGUUGGAGAGGAGAGGAGGCACACAUGACACAGAGAGAGAGCCCCUUUGGUAUAGAGGCGGCUUUUGGACGACGCAAAG